CCGGUUCACGUGCCGGCUGCCGCGGGGUCUUCUCAGAUGUACCAUAGCUCUGCCGGGGACUCUCAACCUCAAUAACGAGGUUGUGAAGAUGAGAAAAGAAGUGAAGAGAAUCCGGGUGUUGGUUAUCCGAAAACUUGUCAGAAGUGUUGGCAGACUGAAGUCAAAAAAGGGUACCGAAGAUGCACUGUUAAAAAACCAGAGGCGGGCACAACGACUGCUUGAAGAAAUUCAUGCUAUGAAGGAAUUGAAACCUGAUGUAGUAACUAAAUCUGCGCUCGGUGAUGAUAUCAGCUUUGAAAAAAUCUGCAAAAAGCCUGAUUCUACUGCAGCUGAAAGAGCAGUUGCCAGACUAGCAAUGCAUCCUCUUCUGAAGAAAAAAAUAGAUGUGCUAAAAGCUGCUGUCAAAGCCUUUAAAGAUGCAAGACAAAAUGUUAUUGAAGUUAAAUCAUUAGAGACUGCUUUAGAAGAAAAUCAUUCCAAGGACACUUUGUGUUCAAAUGAUGAUGCCAGUAAGUUACAGCAUGAAGGAACUAUUAUCAGUGAGCAAAAAGAGAAAGAAGCCAAAAUAUUGGCAAAGAAACCAAUAAAUUCAAAAGGAAAAAGAACCAAGAUGGAACAUGGACCCACUGCUGUAGACAUUCCAAAUUCUCCAUCAAAGCCUUCUGAAAGGGCUGGUAUAGUUUCUUCUGAGCCCCGGAAGAUACCUGCUGACCCAAAAAUGAAAACCUCAAGUAAAACCAAAAAAGGGAAAGAGUCCAGUAGCUCCCUUGAUGAUAACAGUGAUGGAGAAGAAUUACAAGAAGAAGAAAAGGAGUAUUUUGAUGAUAGCACAGAGGAAAGGUUUUACAAACAGUCCUCCAUGUCUGAGGAUAGUGACAGUGGUGAUGACUUCUUCAUUGGGAAAGUCAGACGGACACGAAAGAAGGAAAGUAGUUGCCAUUCUUCAGUUAAGGAACAAAAGCCUCCGCAAAAAGUGUUACCUGAGGAAGAUAUACUCGAAACCCAUCAGAGUGUAAGAAAUGACAUAAACAAGCCAAGUACAGAAUCAAGGAAGUUUGAGUCUGUGUUUUUCCAUUCUUUAUCGGGAUCUAAAAAUUCUAGAAGAAAUUACAGAGAACAAGCUCCAAAAAACAGCACCCCAGGUUUUCAGCAGAAUGAACCUCAGCUCAAGAAUCUGUUUAAUAAGAGUGCACAAAAAGGAUUUCAAAAUACAAAACAGCAAUCACAGCUGCCUCUUCAUCCUUCGUGGGAAGCAAGCAGGAGGCGAAAAGAACAGCAAUCUAAAAUUGCUGUGUUUCAGGGGAAAAAAAUUACAUUUGAUGAUUGAUUAGUUUAGUACCUCAUUUUGUGAACCAGCCCAUUAUUAAAGUUAUGUUUCCAUAA